AUGUGGCAUUUAUGGCAAAUUUUCACUUUUCUCAUAAUUGGAUUAUUAGCUGAUGUGGGAAAUUGUGAAUAUGGUGAAUUUGAAAAACUAGUUGUUUCUGGCACUUAUGUCAAGCCACCAACUGCAGCACCUCAAGGUCGUUCCUAUGGCCAAAGAUCUUAUUAUGAUGCCAAUACAGAAUGUACAGUGGGUACUGAAUGUACGCCCCUGCACGACUGUACGGCCAUGAUUUACGAAGUCGCAAAAAUGUGUUAUUAUGGUGAUAAAUCGCUGUUUUGCGGAGGUGGCGAAGAAAUGCCCUAUGUAUGUUGUCCCAGUAGUCCGUUGGAGAAAAAUCAAGUUUGUGGUAAAUCUUUGGUGCAGGGCCACUUCUAUCGUGGUUUGGGAACAUAUCCAUUUGUGGCGAGAAUUGGAUUUAAACAUAUUAAUACCGGAGCCUUUGCUUAUCCCUGUGCUGGUUCAGUUAUAGCCAGGAGAGUCAUAUUGACAGCAGCUCAUUGUGCUUUGGCCAAAGCAGAUGGUCAUAGAUUAUCAUCCGUUCGCGUUGGCGAAUAUGACACCUCCUCCGAUCCAGACUGUGCCAGCACCGGCUUUUGUGCCCCUCGCUCGGUCAAUCAUGCCAUAAGUCAUGUCAUUGUUCAUCCCGAUUAUAAACAGGGUCAAUACCAUCACGAUAUUGCUUUGUUGGUUUUGAAAACACCUCUCAAUUAUUCUGUGGCUACGCAACCAAUCUGUUUGCAAAAGUCUCGUACAAAUUUGGUGGUGGGCAAACGUGCCACCAUAGCUGGCUGGGGAAAAAUGUCCACAUCGAGUAGCCGUCAACCGGAAAUGUCUUAUUUGGAUGUUCCAUUGACCAGCUGGGAUUUGUGUUUGCGUAAUUAUGCCUCAACUGGAGCCUUGGAGUCGCCUAACUCUAUAGAGGGCCAAUGGAUGUGUGCUGGUGGUGAGGGCAAGGAUGUGUGUCAGGGUUUUGGAGGGGCACCGCUGUUUAUACAGGAGAAUGGUAUAUUUUCACAGAUUGGCAUUAUGUCUUUCGGAUCUGACAAUUGUGGGGGCUUACGCAUACCCAGCGUUUAUACUUCGGUGGCUCAUUUUGCCGAAUGGAUACAUGAUAAUACACCACCCGAAUAAUUUUUUGUG